UGUGUGUGUGUAUGUGUGUGUGUGUGUAGGUCGUUGUGAUGCCUGAAGGAUCUCGCAGCUCCUCGUGUGACGCCUCGAUGGGUGAAGAGUCCCCCCGCCUCUCCACUGCCUCCGUCAGCAGUAAUGAGCGCGCUCCGUCUGACUCCUCUGACUUGCCGUCGUCUCGCCGGCCGGUGAGUCUCGUCUCUACGCUGUCGUCUGGAUCCGGAUCCUCCAGAGACGACCUCGCCCCCCCGCCGGCCCCCCCGCUGUCCUCGGACCCGGACGUAGACCUGGACCUGAGCCCCCCCGAGGGCCGGCAGCCGUGGCCCCUCCCCUCGCCUGACAGGAAGGGGCGGAGCCUGAACAGCAGCGGCAUGGCGCCCAACCCUCAGCUGACCUACCUGGACCGCGUCGUCAUGGAGAUCAUCGAGACGGAGAGGAUGUACGUCAGAGACCUGCGCAUGAUCGUAGAGGACUACCUGGCUCACAUCAUCGAUCAGUCUGAUUUGUCGAUCCGGCCGGAGCAGGUGUGCGCUCUGUUCGGGAACAUCGAGGACAUCUACGAGUUCAACAGCGAGCUACUGCAGUCUCUCGACCUGUGUGACAACGACCCGGUUGCCGUGGCGAGGUGCUUCGUCAUGAAGAGUGAAUACUUUGAAAUCUACACACAGUACUGCACCAAUUAUCCAAAUUCGGUUGCCGCGCUGACCGAGUGCAUGAGGAAUAAAUCUCUGGGGAAGUUUUUUCGGGAGCGUCAGGCGUCGUUGAAGCGUUCGCUGCCGCUGGGAUCAUACCUGCUGAAACCUGUUCAGAGGAUCCUCAAAUACCACCUGCUGCUACAGGAGAUAGCGAAGCACUUCGACCCGGAGGAGGAAGGCUACGAGGUGGUGGAGGAAGCGAUCUACACCAUGACGGGCGUCGCCUGGUACAUCAACGACAUGAAGAGGAAACAUGAGCACGCUGUUAGACUGCAGGAGGUCCAGUCCCUCAUGCUGAACUGGAAAGGUCCGGAUCUCACCACGUAUGGAGAACUGGUUCUAGAAGGAACCUUCAAGGUCCAUCGAGCCAAGAACGAGAGAACGCUCUUCCUGUUCGACCGCAUGCUGCUGAUCACCAAACGCAGAGGAGAACACUACGCCUACAAGACACACAUCUCUUGCUCCACCCUGAUGCUGAUUGAAAGCGCCAAAGACUCUCUGAGCUUCAGCGUCACUCACUACAAGCACCCCAAGCAGCCCCACACAGUCCAGGCGAAGACGGUGGAAGAGAAGAAGCUUUGGGCUCAUCACAUCAAACGCAUCAUACUGGAAAACCAUCACGCCCUCAUCCCACAGAAGGCGAAGGAAGCCAUCUUGGAAAUGGAUUCUAUCUAUCCUCUUCGGUAUCCGGAGCGGUUGAACAAAGCUCCGCCUCCUCGUCAGACUGAUGGUCGCCAGGGACGACGGCAGUCAGGUAGUGACGGGGCGUUACCGGGGGCGUUGCUGGGGGCGUUACCGGGGGCGUUACCAGGGGAGACGCCCCCUCUGCAGCCCACCGCCAGCAGCAGCACGCUGGGCGAGUCUGAGGUGGAGCGGCCUGCUGAGGAGGAGGAGGAGGGCAGGAAGCGGUCUGUGCAGCGGCUGAGCUGCAGUGAGGAGGAGGAGGAGGAGGAGGAAGAGGAGCGGCGGGCGGCGGACAGUGAUCCCGAUGACCUCCUGCUGGAGGACGACCAGGUAGCCGACUUCGCCAGCUCGCUGCUGGCCGCCAUUUCCUGCUGGCACUACAGGGCCCAGGCUCUGCUGUCCUCAGGGGUCGCCGUGGUGACGGAGGCGGAGGCCGCCAGCGUCUCUUCUAACGGCAGUAACAAAGCAACCGGAGGACUUCCUGCUGAGACAGGAGCGACUGAGCCGACGGGUCAGCAGAACCAGCCUCAGGAGAAGCCUUCAGAGUCGGAGCCCUCAGAAAACCCUGAACCAGAACCUCCGUCUGAUCCGGCUCGUCUGUCCACUACUCCUCCGAGGAUCUCAGUGAGUCCUCAGCAGACAGACCAGCUGAAACCUGAAGCGGAUCUGGAGCCGGUAGAGGAACCGUCCUCUGCGACCCCAGAUUCAGAUUCAAAGGCGCUGAGCAGCGGUGAAUCCUCCGAGGAUGAGGAGGGCGAGAAGGAAGCGGCGGAGGCCUCCAGCAUCUUGCCCUCGUCGGUCCUGGACAAAGCCAGCGCCAUCGCUCAGCACUUCAACAAUAGCGUGAAGAGAGGCAGCGUGGGCCAGGACGAGGCCCGCUCCCCCAGCUGCACGUCACCACGGUUACCCAGCAGGACCGGCAGCAGCAUCAGCCUCAGUGGUGACCGGUUACCCAGCAGGACCGGCAGUAGCGUGAGCCUCAGUGGUGACCGGUUACCCAGCAGGACCGGCAGUAGCGUGAGCCUCAGUGGGGAUCGGUUACCCAGCAGGACCGGCAGCAGCGUGAACCUCAGUGCCGAUCGGUUACCCAGCAGGACCGGCAGCAGCGUGAGCCUCAGUGCCGAACGGUUACCCAGCAGGACCGGCAGCAGCGUGAGCCUCAGUGCCGAACGGUUACCCAGCAGGACCGGCAGCAGCGUGAGCCUCAGUGGUGAACGGUUACCCAGCAGCACCUGCUCCGACCUCGCCGAGACCUUCGGCGCCACAGAUCUGACCCUGCUGUCCCCGCAAGACGACGGCCUGUUUGAAAUGAGCAUUCAGCGAAGGCGUGACUCCAUGCUGUCCAAACAGGACCAGCUGCUCAUCGGGAAGAUCAAGAGCUACUACGAGAACGCCGGGAACCAGGACGCCACCUUCAGCCUGCAGCGCAGAGAGAGCCUGACCUACAUCCCCACCGGCCUGGUCAGGAGCUCCGUCAGCCGGCUCAACAGCAUACCGAAGGACAACCCGUCCUCCUUCUCUGGUCUCGAGCCGUCCUCAGACUCAGCGCUACCGUCUGAAACCCAAGGUCGCAUGGUGUCAAGUGAUUCUUCGGAGUCUUUGAAGUCGGGUCAGAGGAGCACAGAACCCGAAGACUCAGGAGAAAGGUCCAGAUCUCACAGCGUGCCGGAUAAUCCAGCCGAGGAUGAAGAAUUCAGACCUUCAUCUGAAAUGAUCAAGAUCUGGCAGGCGAUGGAGCAGCAGGUCACCAGAAGUGACGACAGAGGCCGCGAUCGAUGUCGAGAGGCGUCGAGAAGCUGCAGAACGAUCAGCGAAGAGACCUCGAGCCAGACCCGAGACCAGGAGAGCGCAGCGUCUGACCUCGGCACCAUCUCGGAGGAGUCCCGCAGUCUGUCGCCCCCCAAACACAAAGCCUCCGCUGGGGCGACCCGGGCAGGAGGUCUAAAGGACUCCCUGAAGGUAUUCAGGGAAGACGGCGCCGUCCUCAGGGCUGCGGCCCCGCGGGUGGCCCAGCUGAAGGCCGAGGCUGAAGGAGAGCCGCCAAGCGAGGAGGACGAGCAGGACGACGUCGACAAGGCCAAGAGCAAAGUCCUCCACCUGGCCCGCCAGUACAGCCAGAGAAUCAGAACCACCAAACCGGCGGCCCGGCAGCGGACCCACGGAGCCCUGAUCAGGAAGAAGAGCUUACCCUGCGUGGUGGAGGAGAUGUCAGGUAAAUCCAGCCUGACUCUGCCGCUGGCUUCUCUGAACCUCGGACCUUCUCUUCCUCUGAGUCCCGUGGACCAGGUGAGGUCUCCGAGCCCCGGCCCCUCCAGCUCCCCGGGGGGUCGGGCUCGGUCCCGCAGCCCCCUCAGCACCCCUCCUCCCACCGAAGGCUUCAACUGGCCCGACGUCCGGGAGCUCCGCACCAAGUACUCGGUCUACAGCCGCUCCCAGAUGGCCUCCGUGGGCCGCAGCGUCUCCAUCCCGGAGCAGAUGUUUGACGGCGGUCUGAGGAGACACUCGAGCGCCUCGCCCGGCCCGCCGCUCCCCGACGCUCCUCCACACAAACCGCUCGCCGGCCACGACGCCGGCCGCAGGGAGCACAGCAAAAGACUCCAGAGAGCGAACUCUCUGGACCCCCGGCUGAGCGGGGCGCAGCUGAGCGAGCUGCAGAAGCUCCAGGAUCAGGUCUCCAGCAGCGGCUACUACGUGGCGGCCGAGGCGCCGAUGGAGAGCGACCCCGAACACAAGAUCAUCGUCAUGGAGAAGCUUCCUCCGCCGGAGUCCGACGCCGCCGGAGAAACCAAAGAAGAAGACGACAGCUACGUUCAGAUCCGCUCUCCCACCAGCAAAGAGAAGAUCUCCAUCAUGGCCGUCAUCGACCGCUGCCGCGCCUACCAGGACUCCGACGAGUACCGGCAACGAGAGGAGGCCCGAACCAGACCCGAGGAGACCAGAGCCAGACCAGAGGAGGCCAGAACCAGACCCGAGGAGGCCAGAACCAGACCCGAGGAGACCAGAACCAGACCCGAGGAGGCCAGAGCCAGACCCGAGGAGGCCAGAGUCAGACCCGAGGAGGCCAGAGCCAAACCCGAGGAGGCCAGAGCCAGACCCGAGGAGGCCAGAGCCAGACCCGAGGAGGCCAGAGUCAGACCCGAGGAGGCCAGAGCCAGACCCGAGGAGGCCAGAGCCAGACCGGAGGCGGCUCGGCCAGCAGAGGGCGACGUCGCGGCGGCGUGCGACGAGCAGCAGAGCAUCGUGAAAAACCUGAGAGACAAGUUUCAGAGUCUGAGCAGAAAAAACAGUUUGUGA